AUGUCCAGACGCAGGUGAGGAGCUGAGGGGUCUCAGUUUCAAAAUGGGGUCGAGGGACUGAAUACUGACCCGGGGGGGGGUUGGGGUAUCACACCAAGUUAGAUACUUGACUAUGAACCGUAAAGUCAAAUUUUACUUGAAGUGAUUUUAAGUCAAUAAACCUCCCUGUGUUUAUUCAGAGCCUCAGACUUUCAGGAAGUUCAAAGAUGUUAACAGUAUAGAUGUUGGAUAGAUAGACAGUAUAGAUGUUCGGUCCAUAAAAAGACUUAAAACUGGGAUUAUUCAGAUCCACCAAGUCUUUAAAGGUCUGGAGAUGGAUUUUCAAAACUUUGGCUCAUGAUUAAUGCAGGAGUCCCCGAUUUUAGAUCAGACAUGUCAGAGAAAUGUCAAAAUAUGAAAUUUAAUUUACUGUCUAAAAUAGUAUUUUAUUAACUUCUAUUUUUCAUGUUUUCUGCACAAAUGUAAAAACUCUCUCCGGUGCACAGAUUUUUUUAGUUUAAGUUUUUAAAGUCGGUUAAAAUGAAACUCUUCAGUGGAGAUAAAACAGAGAAAAAAUCUGAUGUUUUAAUUUCAUUUCAGCGGCCGCAUCACUUUACAAGCCAGAGAUUCAAACACACCUGAGCCGAUGGUCAGAGCCUCGCUGAAGAAGAGGAAGUCAGAGGUGCGUGUCUGAUGUGGCUCGUAUAUCUUCGUGGUUGUUAUUCCUGUGAGACCCUGUUCGUCUGCAGGGUUCACCGUCCUGUUCACACUGACUCACCAGUUUAUUUCCUACUUGAUUUUCAGCCUUCGAAGAAGAAACUUCAACCUGCAGCCAAAAAACAGAGCUAUGAAAUCCAGGUCAGUGUGCUGCUGUGUCAUUAACUCUGAAUUAUUGUGUGUUUGACUGAUAAGACCAGUUUAUGAUCUAUAAUGUCCCCCUCCCACCCAGAAAGCCCUGCCCUGUUUUAACCCUGCAGUCCCACCUUUCACCAUUAGAGGUCACUGUUCUUGUAACACUGCAUACUAGUCGAGUAUCAUCAGAUGAAGUCUGGAUAUUUGAAGGACUUUUCUAAUAAACUUAAGCUUAAGUAAACAAACCCGUUCACUGACUGUCCUCUGUCUCUUUAGAAGUGUUGGUCGGAGGACGGAGCGAGUCCCUGCGUCCUCAUCGAAACUCCUCACAAAGAGCUGGAGCCCUCAGAUCCGUCCAGCUUCAAGCAGUACCGCUUCAAGAACCUCUUCAUCAAGUCCUCCCCCAUCCCUCGACUCAGGUGAGUGUUUUACACGUCAAAGGAGCUGCUGCUGCUCCACGCCUCCCGCUGAGACGUUCCUCCACCCAGCUCUGUAUUCAGAGGUCAACGACCUGCUUUUACAUAAAGACGUUUCCUGCAGGACUGAUCUGAUUUAAAGUUUGAAGAGUCUUAUAUGAAACCGAAACAAACUUGUGAGCCUGUUUUAGUGGUUUCAGGACUCAAACACUGGAAACAUCAUUCAGCUUCUAUGACCUCUGCUCAUGGAGGCGUAGAGGCUCUCUGAAGCAGAUCUGAACAUCUGCUCAAGUUUCCUCAAGUUCUCCAGACUAAAGCAGAGUCAGCAGUAUUUCUAAAACCCAAGGAGCUCAAAUGUUGUUGUUUUCUGUUCCAGCUGGGCCAGUUCAGACGACGUUUGGAUCAAAAUGUUGAACAAGGAGCUGAAAUACGUUCAUGAUAAAAGUUACCUGCAGCGACAUCCCAAACUGCAGCCCAAGAUGAGAGCCAUCCUGCUGGACUGGCUGCUGGAGGUGAGGAGCUUUAACCGAGUUUGAUCUGAAGGUCGAAGGAAGUCCUGACUGAGUCCUUUAACCCCGUCUGUCUCUCUCUCUCUCUCUCUCUCUCUCUCUCUCUCUCUCUCUCUCUCUCUCUCUCUCUCUCCUCUCUCUCUCCUCUCUCUCUCUCUCCUCUCUCUCCUCUCUCUCUCUCUCCUCUCUCUCCUCUCUCUCUCCUCUCCUCUCUCUCUCUCUCUCUCCUCUCUCUCCUCGCUCUCCUCUCUAUCUCUCUCUCUCUCUGUCUCUCUCUCUGUCUCUCUCUCUGUGCAGGUCAGUGAGGUGUACUCCCUCCACCGCCAGACGGCGUACCUGGCUCAGGAUUACUUCGACCGCUACAUGCUGACUCAGGACGACGUCAGCAAAGAGUUCCUGCAGCUCAUCGGGAUCACGGCGCUCUUUGUCGCCUCAAAGAUGGAGGUAAGUCCGUCCUCCUCCUCAUCACAGCGUCACGUGUCCAAAUAUCUGGUUCUUUGUUUAUUAAGGUCAGAGGUCGUCAGCUGAUCCAUUCACUUGAAUUUUAAUAAUUUUUCUUUUCAGGAAAUUUAUCCUCCUAAAAUCGUGGAGUUCGCCUACGUCACAGACGGCGCCUGUGAUAUGUGGGACAUCCAGCAGACAGAACUUCACCUGCUGAAGGUGAGACGGUUCAACUCUGACCCCUGAACUUUAACCUCAGCUCCUUCUUCAGACCUCGGUAAUCUCUGUCUGAGAUGUUUCUGAAAUAACCUCGGUCUGGUGUGUUUCAGGCCUUGGACUGGAACCUGUGUCCGGAGACGCCCAUCUCCUGGCUGAAGCUCUACGCUCAGGUGGAAGCUCAGAGGGACGGAGAGAACUUCCUGGAGCCGCAGUUUUCUCAGGAGACCUACAUCAGGAUCACACAGGUACGAACACACCUGCAUGAGUCAGAGGGUGAAACCCAGACCGGUACAGACGAGCCUGACCUUUGACCUCUGUGUGUUUCAGCUGUUGGAUCUGUGUAUGAUGGACAUCGGCUCGUUGGACUACAGCUACAGCGUUCUCGCUGCCGCUGCGUUCUGCCACUUCUCCUCGUUCGACGUCGUUCAUAAAGUCUCAGGUGAGUCACACCUGUAUUCAGACCCGCCCACUCUUGAUGGUGUGCGCUGUCACGGGUCAGAUUUUUAACCCCGGCGCUUGUGUGUUUGUGUGUCUGUGUGUGUGCAGGCCUGACGUGGGAGAGCGUGGCGCCCUGCGUUCGGUGGAUGAGUCCCUUCAUGGACGCUCUGAAGUCUGAAGCGACGCCUCAACUCAAAAACUUCCCCAAAGUGAAAGCUGAUGACAGACACAACAUCCAGACACACGUGGGCUACCUGGACCUGCUGGUGAGCGAAACAAACACACACACACACACACACACACACUCUCACAGACACACACACACACACACACACACAGACACACACUCUUUAGAGAGACGCCGCUCACUCAAACGCCAACACAAGAGUCCGUGUUUCUGAACUGAAGUUUCUGUUUCUCACAGAGGAAAGCUCAGGAGCGUCAGAUCGACAACCCCGACUGUCAGCUGUCCCCCGUCCCGGUGGGACCGAUGCUGACGCCGCCCAGCAGCACGGAAAAACCAGCCAAUCUUUGA